CAGCUUGCGUGAAGAGGAAGCUUGAGUCUGGGCUGCUGCCUUCUUGGGGCGGAAGAAGGGGCAGCUUUGGCGCUAGGAGUUGGGGCGGUGUGGGAGGCCGCGGCGCCCUUGUCAGUGUCUCCCAGCCGGGGGGCCGCGGCCGGGCACGCUCAGGUCCCCGCCUCCCCAGGCGAUGCCGGCCUCGCCCGCCAUCCACAUGCUGCAGCUUCUGCGGGAGCUGCUGGCCUUCGUGCUGCUCAGCUACACGGUCCUGGUCGGGGCGCUUCUGCUGGCCGGCUGGACCACCUACUUCCUGGUGCUGAAGUGACAGCGCAGCCCGUGUCCCGCCCCGCCCCGCCCUGUCUCAGCCGCUUCCCCAGCUAAAGAACGAACUCUCCGCCUUGUACCCGGGCCCGGACUCCUCUCGAUCCACGGCCCUGACCCGAACCCUAGGCCCAUGCGCGCGUCGCGAUGCGCGACACCGCUCCACACCCAGGUCCCGCGUGGAAGCUCCAGCGGUUGGGCGCCACCUGCGGCGGUUUUCGCCGUUACCCUGAGCCCCGCCCUCGCCCUCCCCCUCUCCCUCCCCCUCCCCCUCUGUCCAAUCCCAACUGUGUCCUCGGGCGGGGGCGUGGUCAUGAGGCCAAGUCCUCGCCGAGUGCCAGAGUUGGCGCCCCGCCAGAGCCUAGCGGAGCUGCGUCACUUCCGGCGCGUGCGCGACCGGCGGCUGCCAGCCUCGGAAUGGCCUCUCUGAGGACUUUGCUGUCGCGGAGCGUAGCCUCCCUGUUCAGGCUCAGACAGUGUGUUCCUGUCGUGGCUAACUCCAGGAAGCGCUGUUGGUCGGAACUGCUGAGACCGUGGCACAAAACUGUGGUGGCUGGAUUCGGCGUGGCCCUGUGCGCAGUUCCUAUCGUUCAGGUGAUUGCUGUCUGCGGUUUGGGCUUUCUUGGCUCGAAAUCAGAGCCUCAUUCUCUCAGUAAUGAAGCAUUAAUGAGGAGGGCUGUGUCUUUGGUAACAGAUAGCACCUCUACCUUUCUCUCUCAAACCACUUACGCACUGAUUGAUGCAAUCACCGAAUACACUAAGGCUGUUUAUACAUUAAUUUCCCUGUACCGACAAUAUACAAAUUUACUUGGGAAAAUAAAUUCACAGGAGGAAGAUGACGUGUGGCAGGUGAUCAUAGGAGCCAGAGUUGAGAUGACUUCCAAACAACAAGAGUACUUGAAGCUGGAAACCACUUGGAUGACUGCAGUUAGUCUUUCAGAAAUGGCAGCAGAAGCUGCGUACCAAACUGGAGCCGACCAGGCCUCCAUAACCGCCAGGAAUCACAUCCAGUUGGUGAAGUCACAGGUACAGGAGGUACGCCAGCUCUGCCAAAAAGCGGAGGCCAAGCUGGCUGAAGCACAGACGCAGGAGCUGCACCAGAAAGCACAGGAGGACGAGGACGAGGCGCCUGACCAGGAGCACGAGGCCUACCUUCGAGAAGAUUGAGGGCUGGAGCCCGCUGCCUUCAUGCCCAUGGUGGGGACAGGUACCGUCGCCCAGCAGGGGCACAACUGUCCACGCAGUGGAGGGGCCGAAGGUGCUGCCUGGCCGAUCAGGCCACCAACUUUGUGCAUGGUGAGCUCCAGGGCCGGUCCCUCUCCCUGCCACCUCAGCCUUCCCCGGAGCUGGGCACUGGGCCCUGUUUAAUGCCGCCCCUGUGCACGGUGUUACCUCACACCAGCCAGCUCCCCGACCUGGGCCCCCAUGGGGGCCCUCUCUUUGUCACACUCUAAUGUUCAAUAGCUGUUUGACCUGAGUUUUGGGUCUUACUCAGGUUUCCAGAUAUGACUUAGUAUUUGCUCCCUCCAUGGGGACAGAAGCCUGUCCGGCUUGCAGGGUUUUCCUGAGGCGUAUGUAUAAUGCUUGCUCCAGUCUGGAGCAGAGCUCAGGCCGAGGAGCUGAGCCUGUCAGGAAGGGAAUGAAUCAGCAUCCUUCUGGUGCUCCCGACGGGCCUUACUCUAGCACAUGCCUCACCUUUCAUUGCCUUCUUUCCUUGGAGUUUCUCUGUUGUAUCCAAAAGAGAAUUUUCUUUCAUUUGAAAAAGAA